CAGCCUUCCCAAAAGACUUUCCGCACGAAGCGUAUCCUCGCCAAGGCUUCCCGCCAGAACCGGCCCAUUCCUCAGUGGUUCCGCCUGAAAUCGGACACCAAGAUUCAGUACAACGCCAAGAGGCGUCAUUGGAGGCGCACGAAGCUCAAUAUCUAA